GGGGAGUGUGAUCUCACCAUCCCACCGCCACAAAGACUUCACAGGAGUGAGUGAGUGAGCUGUGCGGCUCUGAUGGUGGAAUAUUCCCUGCAGCAUCAACUUUCUGUAUGAAGCAGCUGCUGUCUAACCUUGCAGGAUGGUGGGACUCUCUUCAGCUGCUGUCGAGGCCAUGGAGGUGCUGGUGAGUGAGCUGGGCGUGUUGCUGAAGAUGCUGGAUCAGGAGAACCUCAGCUCCUCCGCCCUGGAGAAGAAGACGUCAGUGAGGAACCUCCUACAGCAGAUCCAGCCGUCGUCAGAAUCCAGAGCAGACUUCAUCUACGUGAACUCGUCAGUGUACAGAAACGGGACGAGUUUUGUGGAGUCUCUAUUUGAGUCGUUUGACUGUGAGCUUAAAGGUCUAAAGGAGGUUACAGAUGAUCUCAAAGAUGACAAGCUGACACAAAGUGACUCUUUAAAACAGCUCCCUCCUUCACAGAGCUGUGCAGACACCCCUCCCCCUCUGCCCACUACGCCUCCCCCUGAGGAGUACUACGAGGAGGCCGUGCCCCUCGGUCCUGGCAAGCUGCCCGAGUACAUAAUCACUACACGAGACAGGCCCAGCCCUCCCAACUCUAUUGAAGAUUGCUAUGAGGAGACUGAAAGCCCCUACCCAUCGACCUGCAUUAACUCGCAUCGCAAAAACUCCUACAAUGACUCUGAUGCGCUGAGCAGCUCCUAUGAAUCCUAUGAGGAGGAAGAAGAGGAGAGGAGUCCCAGAGUUCAACUCACUCACCAGUGGCCCUCGGAUAAGAGCUCCAUGCCUCCUGCCAGAGACUGUCGCAUCUGUGCAUUCCUGCAUCGGAAGAAACGCUUCGGCCAGUGGGACAAACAGUUCACGGUUAUACGGGAGAACAGACUACAAUGCUACAAGAGUUCCAAGGACACAUCUCCUUAUGUGGACUUCCUUUUGCCCCAGUGCACUGUGGUCUAUGUUCCUAAAGACAGCAAGCGAAAGCGCCACGAGCUAAGGUUCACCUUACCCAAUGGAGAUGCGUUGGUGCUGGCAAUGCAGAGCAAGGAGCAGGCUCACAUGUGGCUAAAGGUUGUUAGAGAUGUGAGUGGUCAAAGCGUAGGGCCAGAAGAAGCAAGGUCUCCUGUUGUUCCAAGAAAAAAUGAGCUUGACAAGAGAUUAUCUGCAGACAGAAACACAUCGGAUUCAGACAGUGUGGGUGUUUCAGCAGGAGAGAACAGCAGAGAAAAUGCUAAAGCAAAACGAGGAGCUUUUUCUGCGGGACGCAAAAUCACACGUAUCAUCAGCUUCUCCAAGAAGAAGACUCCCAAAACGGCCUGUGCAGACCCUCGACAAGGUAAGCCCCCGCUUCACUCUUAUACUUUAGUUUCUGCCUUCUUUGCAGACACAUCAUUUUUCUUCCUGUCUGUGCCCAUCGCAGGCCACUUGUCUGUGCUGGUGAACCAGGUGUGGCAGGAACAGUGGUGUCGUGUCAGCAGAGGCUUUAUGCACUUCUACCAUGACAGGGGGGACCCCCGGGUCUGUCUGGCUUCCCUUCCUCUGCACGGCUGUGAGGUGGUUCCUGGACUUGGACCCAAACACCCCUUUGCUUUUCGUAUUCUCCAAAACAGCACAGAGAUGGUUGCUCUCGAGGCAAGCAGCUCCGAGGAACUCGGACGGUGGCUCGGUGUCCUUCUGGCAGAAACGGGCUCGUUUGCUGACCCGGAGUCUCUGCAUUAUGACUACGUUGAUGUUGAAACCAUAGCAAACAUUCGUGACGCGGCACGAAAUUCUUUCCUGUGGGCCACCUCCUCCAGUGGUACCUCUACAGAUUCCAGGACAUAUGACGAGGUUCCUAAUGAGGACUUGCAGUCAAGAGAAAACCACAAGCAGCAAUCUGGGAAUCAAGAGAAGCGACGCUCAAGUUUCUCCAACAGCGACGUUGACAAAAACACCAAGUCCUUAGUUUCCCUGAAGCGAACCGGCUGGAAUGCCAACCAGUAUGGAAAGUAUGGGAAAACACGAGCGGAGGAGGAUGCAAAACGUUACCUCAAGGAAAAAGAGGAGCUGGAAAAGAAGAGGGAUGGGAUCCGAAAUACACUGGUGACUCUGCGGCAGGAGAAGAGGGAGCUGAAGGAGGAGCUGAGGAUGGCCUCGGCAGAUCGGAGGAAAGCCUUCCUAAACAAGCGCGUGUUCGAGCUGGAGGAAGCCUGUCGAGCUAAAGAGGCCGAGAGGGUGGACCUGGAGCUCCGGCUCACUGAGGUCAAAGAAAACCUGAAGAAGAGCCAGGCGGGCUCAGCGCUGGGCGCUUCAAAGGAGGCCGCACCACCUGAUAAGACAUCUAGCAAGAAGAUCCAGAACAUCUACAGCGAGUCAUUACCGGUGAACUGUGCUGCAGAGCUGCGGAGGAGACCUCCGUCCGUUUACGCCUCCUCUACUGGAACUGUCAUGCAGAAAGCCAAGGAAUGGGAGUCAAAGAAAGGAACCUAGGAGGUGUUUAACAGAAAAGAUGGAAGUGGAUGGAAAUCAGGGCGUGACUUUUCCACAAUUUCUGUCGUCCAGGAUAAUCUUUUAUAUAUAUCUCCUGAAGCCCAGACUUUCUUUUUUGGUUACCGAGGACAAACUGUAAUAAAGAAAUCAGCCACUAGAUGGCAGUGCAGUCUCACUAAAUAUUUAUCCUCCAGUGAAAAGGACCAAUUAAACUCCUGAGACUGAUGCGUUUUGUUGUAUUGAGUGGCAGUUAAAAAAAAAAAAAAAAAAA